AUGGAGGCCCCAGCGUCCAAACACACCCGCAAUAUCUCUAGAUCUUCACGGCCUCGUAGCUCGACCAAGGGCCCUCUAGACCAGCCAGAUGACCCACUCGGCUCCGGAGCAGUGAACACGUCGGCGUCCCCGACGUCAAGUACAGCAGAGGAUGGUGGAUUCACAGGUGCAUCCUUCAACAACCUGGACCCCUUGGGACCUGACGAACUACCACCAACCCUGGAGAAGGACCUAGGCUACCUGCUCCGGUACGACGUCUACCACUCCCUCUCUCAGAUAGAGAUACCACAUGCGCUACGUUCUGAGUUCCUUGCUCCAACGUCAGACGAAUCUCUUUCUACGAGCCUAGCUACUCUCGAGAGGCUUCUAGCUGAGGGCCACUUUCUGCUAGCAGCGUACUUGUGUGGAACUAUUCUGACAUCCUCUCUGAUCUCACCCACUGACAUCAAACGGAUCUUUUCUCUUUUCUACACUCGACUAGCAUGCCUGCAAUUGUCGGGGAAUACCAUCAUUGCAGCGCAAGAAUCCAAGGCGCUCGAGGAUCUAAGCUCCGCGUUCUAUUAUGUAGAACCAAUUUCCGAACCGUCGGAGAACCACACAAGCUAUCCUCGUCACAUCGUACCGUGGCCCUUACGCGUCCUAGCCAUUCGGCUCCAAAGCAUUGGAUUCGGCGACUCGCGCAGGGGUAUUGGCGGACUCUACGAAAUUGGCUUGGAAGCGCGAAGGGAGAUUUUGCGGCCAGAUUUGGCUCCUCAUGAACGAAAUAUAUGGAGAGAGCGACUGUCUGACCUCGGAAUGAGGAAUGUGAACGCGCUGAUUGAGAUGGGAGACCUCGAUGCCGCCAGAAGGUCGCUCGGUAUUUUGCGCAUGUCCGAGCCGGAAAGUGAGACCACUACGAUGAGAAAAGCCCUACUUCUGCUCCUGAUUGGCGAUCUCGACGCUGCGAGGCAGUUGUGUGGCGGAGCAAGCGAUGCUGGAAAUACCGUGUUCAGUCCGCUUCUCAGUAUGGCUGAUGGACGGUACGACGAUGCAGUGGUGGAAUGGCGCGCCCUGAUUGGCAAUGAGAACCAAAGACCUGAUGAGGCCAUGAUCUCGCAGAACCUAGCAGUGUGUUUGCUGUACACCGGUAGGUUAAAUGAGGCACGUGAGGUUCUUGAGUCAUUGGUGCAGGCAAACCACUCAUUCUCAAGCCUGGUGUUCAACCUCUCCACUGUCUACGAGCUAUGCUCUGACAAAUCCGCCAAGCUGAAGACCGAUCUUGUAGAAACGGUGGCCAAGCAACCAGUCACUGGAGCCACCAAUCUUGAUCGGCCUAAUGGUGAUUUCAAACUCUGA